AUGAACUCCUCUGAAGACGUCGUCCACCACCAAUACGAUAGUGGUCCGUCGCCAGCCGUCGUUGCUCCAGGCUCCGCCCCAACGUCAGGCGCAAUUCAGUUAGCUCCGUCGGCGGCGGCGCCGGCGCCAACAUUCGACUCGACAUGGUUCCCAUCGCCCUACACCCAUCCGCAUUAUAAUUCCGAGAUCUAUCAGGAUCUCGGUCAUUCAUUGAAGUAUGACUUCGACGCGGCGACACCGACGAGCAUCUACCCGAAAGAACAAUCGAUGCCGUUACCCACCAUCGAUAUAACCGGCUCGUCAAACUCAAUGAUCACAAUUGAGACGAUCGACGUCGGCAGUGUGAACGACGACAAGACGGGCGUCUGCAACGGCUCCGAAGGUUGCUCAUCAGUUGAAUGUAGUAUCUCGCCGGACUCGAUGCCGUUGGUCAAACGCGGUCGGCCGACAGAGAACCCGUGUUGGGGCUAUUUUUUGCGGCUCGACGAGCAAUUGGUAAAAUGCCGGUUGUGCACCAAAAUGGUGAAGUCGGCGUGCGCCACCAACAUGACGAAACACUUGGAGCGACACCAUUCGGGCGAUUAUGAGAAGCUCGCCGAGCAGAUCAGACUCGAACGAUUGGCGGAGAGUAGCGGAUUGUCUCGCAACAAAUUCACUCGACUCUUCGAUGCGGAUUACGACGAGAAGCCUAACUUCGAGACGCCGGCGCCGACGCCACAAAACGGUCCGCCGCCGAACUACUACGAUCAGCAAAUGGAGUAUCAGCCGCAGUCGGGCAUCGAGUUCUUCCAGCCGUGGCAACUAAACCACUAUUGGCAGACGCAUGAGACGCCGGUGAUCACGACGGCAGCAGCAGCGGCGGCGGCGGCAGCGGCUGCCGCCGUCAGCAUUCUGCCGAAGACGCCGUCGUCGUCGUCAUCGGCGUCGUCGACAUCGACAACGAAAAGCAGUAAGGCGUCGAUUGGUUCGAACACCGCACACUGGUAUAUUAUAGCGCCCGACCGACCGUAUAUGAAACGCAACCGGAAAACGGAGCACCCGGUUUGGGAGUACUUCAAACGCACCGAAGACGGAAACGCGCAGUGCACAUUGUGCAGCGGAUGCGUGAAAAGCCCAUGCUCAUCCAAUUUCAUGCGCCAUCUCAUGCGCCACCACACUCCCGAAUACAACGAGGUCUACCUUAAAUGGGUACACAAGCGGAAUCUAACCCAGCCGAUGACGCACCAACAACAGCAACAAUUACAGCAGAAAAAUGUUCAUUAG